AAUCGCCAUAAUACGCGCGCAAACAACCAUAAGCUGACUGAGACUGAGGUGUAUACGCUUCAAUAGACUUUGUCAAUGGAUUCACGUGGCGCAGCGCCUAUCCCUACUGCUGUUCGAGAAAAAGCCAAUAUUCUGCUUGCUCAGCGCUGCCAGACAUCUCUAGAGACUGUUGGUCAACCAACAAUGGGGGUAUAAUUUCACCCAGCGUCAACCAGAGAUCAAAAGGCGCUAUAAUUGUCGACACGACUAUCAGCGCGCCGAAAAUGUAGACCCAACGAUCAUUCAACAACAAUGGUUUAAUCUAGUGCAAGAGACAAUCAUACAAUUGGUAUCGCAUCUGAAGAUAUAUCAAUUCAAUGAGACUGGUUUUGCUACGGGCCUCACUGCUAGGGUUAUCGCACGCGCUGAAUACUAUGGUCGACAACCUAUAUUGCAACCUGGUAAUCGCAAAUGGGUCACAUCAAUUGAAGCGAUCAAUGCUACUGGAUGCGUACUACACUGUCACGGUGCCAGCCUGGCAAGGUCUUUUGAAUCAUGGUUUGAUGACCUUCUAUCAAACUGGCAUAUCGAUAUCUCUCACCUAAUGGAUGGACUACUGAUCUAAUUGGUCUAUCUUGGUUAAAUUAUCGGUUAUUGAUACUUGAUGGCCAUGGUAGCCAUCUUACAUCCCAAUUCGACCAAACCUGCGAGCAAAAUAAGAUCAUACCAAUCUAUACGCCGGCUCAUGGUCUCAUCUAUUACAGCCAUUAGAUAUAGGCUGUUUUGCAGUUUUUUAAACGCGCUUAUGGCUGUUUGGUCGAUAAGCAGAUACGCUGCGGAUUUUACCAUAUUGAA